AUGGAGAAUUAUGAUAUUAUCAGCACUAUGCCUGAUCAUAUCUUGUCUCAUAUAAUGUCCUUUCUCCCAACCAAAUUUGCCAUCUCCACAACUAUUCUCUCUAAAAGGUGGGCCUCACCUUACAAAUCACUCACUUCUCUUAACUUCAACGACGAAUCUGUUGACAACGAAGAUGCCUUUCUUCGCUUUUGUCGUUUUGUCGACAAAGUCACAUUCUACCACCCACUCAUCAAAACGUUUAUCCUAGAAUGCAGUUCUAAACAUUGGGAGAAUGGUUUCCAUGUUCAACAUUUGAUUAGCGGGGAAAAACGCCAUCAUGUGGAGAAUCUUCAGAUCUCUUGCAUUUCUCUUUCAAUCUCCAAUGUUGAACGUUGGAUCCAAUUGACGACUAGUAUUUUCAUAUUUCCCAACCUUGUUGUUCUCAAAUUGACGUAUUGCCAUGUGCUUGGUAAUAUCGAUUUCAAUCUUCCCGCACUCAAGACCCUUCAUUUGAAUGAUGUUCAUUUCAAAAAUAACUAUGAAUUCAACAAGCUUAUUUAUGGAUGUGCCAUUUUGGAAGAUUUGAUUGCUAACAUUUAUUAUAUAGGACAAGUUCAAGAUGAUACAGUUAGUAGAAGAGAGUUUGAAACCUUGUCCAAGUUGAUCACAGCUGAUAUAAAUCCAUUGGAUCUUCCUUUUGGAGCAAUUACUAAUGUCGAGACUUUAAAACUCAAGGUGCUAGAUAUCAAUUUGUAUUCCGGAGAAUUUAGUGUAUUUCAAAACUUAAUCAACCUUGAAUUAUACUUUCAUACCUUUCCUCACUGGGACUGUGUAGUUGAACUACUUCAAAAUUGCCCUAACCUUCAAGUUCUUACAAUUGAAAAGUGGGAGGAUGAAUGUAACCAAGAUUUGGUCACAAAGUGGAAAGACCCAAGUCAUGUUCCUAAGUGCAUUUCUUCUCACCUAAGAUCAUGUACUUUAAUCUGUCAGCCCUUUGUAGAUGAACUUCGAUUUGCAAAAUAUGUUUUACAUAAUGCGCCACAUUUAGAGGUCAUGGAUAUCUCCAUUACUGAUAAAUUGGUUCCAUUGUCACUUCGGGUUUUAGAAGAAGAAUUAAACUCAGUUCUGGCCAUUUCUCCCAAAUGUAAAUUUUCAAUUAGUUUGAAGGACAUAGGACUGUAA